UGACCGUCUGCCUUCCUUCACCGCCGCUUGAUCUUCCCGCCCUGCUGCUCCUCUACGUCUGCCGUUCUGCGCCCGUGACGUCGAUGGGUCGCCACGUCGUCUCAACCGUCGCAUGCACCCCGCCCUCGCUGCCCGAAUCGCCUUCCUUCUCGUCCGCCAGCGCACACCUCCGCCGCGUCUUCUCAAGCGACAGUCUCGUUGCACGUGCCUUCGCCGGGAUUUCGCACACAGAGCUGGUCAAUGGGGUCCGAGGUGUCGGUGAGGGUAGCCCAGUAAGUCGUCGUGGACUGUGCGGUCUCGAGACUGACGAUCGCGCGAGAGUAGUAGCUCCGAGUCUUGCGACUUCACUCCGCGAGUCAACAAUCUGGGCAGUCGAUCACGUCGCCCGUGCCGCCGAUCGUCACACAGAAGACGACCUCUGGGACGCGCAGUCGUAUAUUGACCUCGUGUGCACCCCGCUUGCCGACAAUGACCGCCUGUUGAUUGACAGGGGCGGGACGCUGAUCUGCACACGAGAGGACGGGGCUGCAGAUGCGAGGCCUCGCGUCCAGCAUGGUACCGGCCUCGCGUCUAGGCGCGAACUGUGGUCGCCAUUCAUCACGUCGAUCGCUCUGGGCGACAUAUUUCACUGGGGGAAUAUGCCUGUUCGACGCGAACACCAGCCGAAGUCGAGAACACUUGACAAUGCGACGUACCUGCGGAACUGCCGUAACAAUCUGGGACACCGUUGCAUGUCCGAAGAGCACGCAAGUGUAAUCCAGGGAUUGCGCCUGCAGCAUGACUUACAGCGAGGAGAGAUGCGUGUCAGCCGCGCACAUGAAGACAGAGAACAUCAAGAACGUACCACCUGACAGAACGGAUGUGACGAGUCGAGAUGAAAGCACGGGAUGACGAGAACGAGGGUGAACGCGGAAACAGGAAGACAGAGACUAGAGACGUGUACACACAGACAGCACACCGUUCCCGGAAAGAGAGAAACUCAUCUACCGAGGGCGUUGCACGACGUCGUCGUCUGCUCGAAGGGAGCGUGUCGUAUCAGUGGCGUGGCCCAUUUCAAGUUGAUUGCUGACGAAGUCCAGCGUUGGACCGGCCCGCGGCGCC